UGGAAUCACUGCUCCCUUCAGUGAUGAGGAAGCCAGCCUGCAUUUUAAGCACUAGUUACAGAGUGGGGUCAUGCCUCUGCAGCAGGCUCUCGAGGAACGAGUAGCCAGAAGUCUAAGUAGAACAGGAGGCAGGCACCAUGAAUAAUGGAGCUGGGGGUGGGGCUCAUGAGUGAUGCACCACAAGGGGGUGGGCCUGCUUAUGUAACUAGGACACAGGGGUCUGGCAGCUGGGGAGCCUCUGGCGGGAUGGGAGUAGCCGGCAGCCGGCGGACCCUUCCCCACAAGCAGGGUGCCAGCAUCCCCCCCAUCCAGGGCCCCUGGGUUCGGGGCUGGAAGAGAUUUUUGUCAGGUGUGGGGACCACCAUAUCGGGCCUGGACCAGCUGUGGGUACAGCGAAGGAACCAGUGCCCCCAUCUAGGGUCCCUGGAUCCAGCCCUGCUACCAGCAGAGAAGCCCCUGACUGAAUGGCCAGUGCCGAAGCUCAUCUCUCUCUUCUUGCCCGAGUUCCCCAUCCGGCCCCCCCAGGGGCAGCAGCAGCUGAAGGUCCUGGGUUUUGUGGCCAAAGGCUCCUUUGGGACUGUCCUCAAGGUGCUGGAUUGUGGCCUGGGGGCCUUGUUGGCUGUGAAGGUGGUCCCCAAGGUGGACGUUCUUCAGCGAGACAGUUUGAGGCAGUGCAAGGAGGAGGUCAGCAUUCAGCGCCAAAUCCGCCACCCAUUUGUGAGUGGCUUGGGAGGCAGCUGGCAGGGACAACGGCACCUCUUCACUAUGUACAACUACUAUAGCACAGGAGACCUGCACUCUCUCUGGGCCACGGUCGGCUGCUUCUCCGAGGCUUCCAUCCGACUCUUUGCUGCUGAACUGGCCCUGGGCGUGGGCUACCUACAUGACCUGGGCAUUGUGCAUCGAGAUCUAAAGAUGGAGAACAUUUUACUGGAUGAAAGAGGCCACCUAAAGCUCACAGACUUUGGCUUGUCACGACACCUACCCCAAGGAGGGCGUGCUUACACCAUCUGUGGAACACUCCAAUACAUGGCCCCAGAAGUCCUGAGUGGUGGGCCCUACAACCAUGUGGUCGACUGGUGGUCCCUGGGCAUCUUGCUUUUUGCCCUGGCAGCUGGAAAGUUCCCAUUGCAGGCUGAGAAGGAUCACGUGGCUAUGUUGGCAAGUGUGACUCGCUGUGACUAUGAGGUCCCAGCCUCUCUUAGCCAGGGCCUCUCUCUUCUGCUCCGGGAGCUCCUGUGCCACAACCCCUUCCACCGUCUGCGCUACCUGUAUCACUUCCAGGCCCAUCCUUUCUUUCGGGGCAUGGCCUUUGACCCUGAGCUCCUACAGAAGCAGCCAGUAUCCUUUGUCCUGGAGGCAAGAGCUGCUCUUCCUGCCCCAGCUGAGGCUGUACCGUUCCAGGAUUUUGACUGUGAUAUGAUGUCUCUCUCAGCCCACCCCUGUCCUGCCUGAAUCCCCCACCCGCCCAAGCUGGAUUAUAGCUGGGGCUCUCAGGAUCUUCUCCACUGCCAACUCAGGAAGACCUCCCUAAAUCAUCCUGUUGUCUCUGGCCCACAUACUUGUCCCUUGUUCUUUGUAGCAGCAUUCUCUCCCAUUUUGUAACUUAAAACAUUUGAUAACUGAUCCUGGGGGGCGCCAUCCCUUUAGAGUAGUAUAGUCUUCCCCCAGGGAAACCAAAGCCACAUUUCUGGGUGUCCUGUCACAGGCCUCUCAUUCCACCUUUUUCCCUCCUCAUUCAGUAGGUCAGAGCAGGCCCCUCCACAUCUCCCAGCCUCAAGCUCUUAGCCAAGGUCCUCUGGUCCACUUGUCCCUUCCUUAUUUCUUUGCCACAUUCCCUUUCUCCAGCAAUACUGAACUCUACUGACACACAUCAAUUCCUCGAGGUGCUUGACAAGCUGAGCCAGCCUGUCCUUCUCAGAAGCAAUAAUUGUUUUUUUGUAAGAAUACAUACAAAUCACCCUUGCCCCAACAAUUUACAUUUUGAAUUGUGAUCUCAGAACUCAAGGCCCAAUUGUGCAAUCUAUUAAAUAAAGAAAAUAAAAUGGAGACUUUGACAGCCUGUUGUGGAAAGGAGCGGGGUUGGGAGGAGGGGGUAACUGAGACACCCAGCUAAGAGGGAAAAGCAUAAGGUUAACUGUCCAGUUCUGUAGGGAAAGUGAUCAUCUCCCAGGAGAAUGAACAAAAAACAAUAAACUUACUUGUAGCACUUCCUGAUUUCUGAAGUAUAAUUCACACUGAAGUUUAAAAAAUUGUUAUUUUUGACAUAAUAAAAAAUUUUGAAUUUCAAAUUCUCUCCCUACAUCCCCUGCCCCAUCCAUUAAGAAGUCAAGCAAUAUGAUAUCAGUUAUAUAUGUGAAGUUAUGCAAAACAUUUCCACAUUAGCCAUGUUGGACAAAAAGGCAAGAAAAAUAAAAGUGGAAAAAGUAUACUUCAA